AUGUCGGAUCGCACUCGUUUGUCUUUUCCAACCGGUCCUCCUUCACCCUCCUCACCCGCUGCUGGGUCUCUUAAAGAGAGUCGCCAGCUUCCAAUCUCCUCGGAACAUAUCCCUCAGACUCCGACAUCCCCUCCGUUGAUGUCGGUCAGCGACCAAAGUCAUGUCUCCAACUUUGCACCCACCCAGGCAUCCCCCAACCAGGCGAUUACCCACCCAAACACCUCCUCCCCUCCCUCGUCAACUCCCAUGUCUACACAAGUCUCUCAGCAGCCCACAAUGAGUACAACAAACUCAUUCCCCACUCCCGCAAGUAGCGUUAGUGGUCAUCCCGCGAAUGCGACGUCAGUGGAAGACGCCGAUCACAAAUCUUUCAGUCCAGGAGUUCAGGAACCAAGGAAUGUGGAGGAACAGCAGGUCACAGAACACACACGAACCGAUCACGACCGGCAGUCACUGACAACUGGUUCCGGAGCUGGCGUGCGCGAUUUCGCUACGGGCCCCAGUCAACAAGCGACAGAUCCAGAUGCCAUGGAUGUGGAUAAGGAUUCCGCACCUCGGUUCGAUCCCCGUAAUCUCGGAUUAGACUCACUUCAGAACGACUUCACUUCGGCUUUCCAUCUCUGCAAAAGCUUUUUUCUUCGUGGCUUAACAGCACCCAUUGUGACAGGACCAGAUCCCUCAUGGGAUCUCAUAUCCCUUUAUGGACUCGGCUCGGUUGCGCAUUCAGUGGCAAGAAUGGACCAUGUGACAGGAGAGAAGAUCAAUCGAUUGAGAAAGUCCUACGAAGGCAAAUUAAAGGGAUUUGGAUUGGCAGGUCGCAACAAGCCCGUGAAGCAAGAGCCCGGCGCACCUGGCAGUUUGCGACAUCUUACGCUAUGGCCCGAGGAAGAAUGGCAGAACCAGAAAGUGUUUGGCAAGCAGAUCAAGGUGGCUGAUCUGGAUUCGGCGCUUCAUAGUCUUCAGACUAAAGCUAUGCACCUGGAACCCGGUGCUGUGCCCAACAAUGACUUCUGGGAGGACGUGCUUGGUCAUGAAAAGCCUGUUAAGAAUCAGGGUUCCGGUGAUGCGGGUAAAAAGGCCGCACCUACUCCCGGAGGACGUCAAACUGCUCAUGGAAAUGUGUCAGCUACGACGCCGCAUGAAAGUGAACGACCUCGGCCUAGUCGCGGUCGUAAGAGACACUACGAUGACAAUAGCUUUGCCGGAUAUGGCGAAGGCUUUGCAGAUGACGAUGAUGAUCCCGGAUUCUACUCCAAUGGCGAGGGAACCGGAAAAAAGAAACGGAAGAAGGAUCAUGUUUCCAAGGUCUCAACUCCCUUGUCCGAACGCAGUGGAACCUACGGGUCCACUAUGUAUGGAAUCGGUGCUAGAUGA